AUGCCGCUCCCUCAGUCAAAGAACCGCGUGGGAUUGGGCCAUGCAAUUAUCAAUCGCCGCGCCAAAGAGUCCAGGAACCGGAAUCAGUCCGAAUUCCACACCACCGAUACGCAUGUGGGCCAACCCAAGUGGACUAAGCUGCAGUCCGUGACACAUGAGGGCGACUUGGAAGAGUUUCUCAACACGGCGCAAAUGGCUGAUGCGGACUUUACCGCUGAGCGACGCAAUAUUCAGGUCAUUUCUGCACCAAACACGUCGCGCACGCGCCACAACCCUUAUCUGCUGACGCCGCAGCAGGAGGAAGAGGUGCUGCGGAACCAUCGCGAGAACAAGGAUCGCCUGCGCGUGCCGCGCCGCCCUGUAUGGGAUGCCAACACGACGCCAGCUCAGCUAGAGCGAGCGGAAAAAGACAGCUUUCUCGACUGGCGCCGCGGUCUCGCGGAAUUGCAAGAAGGGGCCGGCCUCGUGCUCACGCCGUUCGAGCGCAACCUAGAGGUGUGGCGCCAGCUGUGGCGCGUGAUUGAGCGCAGCCAGCUCCUCGUGCAGAUUGUGGACGCCCGUAACCCGCUGCGCUUCCGCUGUGAGGACCUGGAAAAGUACGUGCAGAGCAUGCCCGCCAAUCCAGUUGAUAUGGCCGCGGUAGAAGACCGCACAUCGUAUGUGGGCCCGCGCAAGACACUGCUGCUGAUCAACAAGGCGGAUCUGCUCGACGAGGGGCAGCGGAAAGCCUGGGCCGAGUAUUUUGCGCGCCAGAAUGUCACAUUUGCCUUCUUCAGUGCCGCCGACGAAGCGGCGCGGCAGCAGGCCAAGGCACAGCGCGAGGCGCAGUUUGAGGCUGCGCGACAGCAAGACGAACACGAGGCGGACGACACGUCGCAUGAGCAGAAAGACCUGCCCGACAACGCAGCAGACACAAUGCGCGAUACCCUGGUGCUUCACGAUGACCCAUGGCGCAUUCUGAAUGUGCUGGAGCUCGAGGAGCUGUUCUUACAGUGUGCGCCGGACCUGUCUCUCUUUCGCCGCGGCGAUCCGGCGCGGCCGAAUCAGGGCGCGCCGGAGAAGCUCACGGUCGGCUUUGUCGGCUACCCGAACGUUGGUAAGUCGUCGACGAUCAACGCCCUGCUUGGCGAGAAGAAGGUGUCUGUGAGUGCGACGCCCGGCAAAACCAAGCACUUCCAGACGAUCCAUUUGAGCCCCACGACGAUCAUUUGCGAUUGUCCCGGUCUGGUGUUUCCGCAGUUCUCGACGUCGGCUGCAGAUCUCGUGUGCGAUGGCAUUCUGCCGAUCGACCAGAUGCGCGAGUACACGGCACCAGCCGAGCUGGUCGCUCAGAGAAUUCCCAAGGACAUUCUGAUGCGCACCUACAACAUGCCACUCCCGACGCUCAGCCGCGAAGAAGGCGGAAGCGGCGAGCCGACCGGUCUUGAGGUGCUGACGGCGUAUGCGGUGGCCCGUGGACUCGUACGACAGGGUCAGGGCAACCCAGAUGAGUCGCGUGCCGCGCGCUACGUACUCAAAGACUAUAUCAAUGCCCGUCUCCUGUUUGCGCACCCCCCGCCCGGCGUAGAUGCGAACGAGUUUAAUGCGGCACAGCGCGAGCGCAUGCGCCAAGUCCUGCCGGAGCACCACAUGAACGAGCAGUCAGUGCCCUCAGACCCCCGCCGCCAGCCCGUAACGGCGGAGGCGUCCAAGAGCUCGCACCUGGACCAAGCGUUCUUUGGCGCCGGCGCCAACGUCGGCGUGAACACCAAGGGCCGGCGGCGUAUGCCGCCUGUGGGCCGCCUCCUGGGCGACGGAUUGCAGGUACCGCCCGAGGACGUGCGCUCCAGCUCGAAAAAGCACAACAAGGGCCACAGGCGCCACAAGCAGCGCUCCGGCCAAGGCUUUGCUUAG